AUGGAGGAUGCCAAAGAAAAGAUCAAGUUAAUCCGUCAGAGACUCCAAACAGCUCAAAGUCGCCAGAAGAGUUACGCAGAUAACCGAAGGAAAGAUCUGGAAUUUGAAGUCGGAGACCAUAUUUUUCUUAAGAUUACCCCAUUGCGGAGCGUCACUGCUAGCAGAGGAAAGAAGCUCCAACCUAGAUUCGUAGGACCUUUUCCGAUUCUUCAACGAGUUGGGAAAGUAGCGUACAAACUUGAGUUGCCGCCCAACUUGUUACGGAUUCACGAUGUAUUCCAUGUGUCAAUGCUCAAAAAGUACUAUUCCGAUCCAACUCACAUUGUGCAACCGGAGGAGAUUGAAAUUGACCAAGCCCUUACCUACGAGGAGAGACCUAUGCGAGCACUUGAUAGAAAUUUUAAGAAGCUGAGGAAUAAACAAAUUCCACUGGUGAAGAUUCUGUGGAAGAAUCACGAAGUCGAAGAAGCGACCUGGGAGACGGAGGAGGAGAUGAAAAAGAAAUACCUUGGACUGUUUAAUGACUCAGGCGAGAAAUUUCGAGGAUCAAAUUCUUUAAGGGGAAGAGUUCUGGUUCCGGAGAAGCUGCCGCACUACUGUUUUCGACAAGGUCAUGAGGAGUCGGCUUGCCGGAUGCAACGCGAGGUGGUGGGUGCGGAAUCAGCAGCGGCGACUCCAUUGGCAGACGUGGGUGCUGUGGAUGAGGAGCCAUCCCUCCAGCCCGGGGGGGAAACAGCUCCUGGACAUGGUGUUCCUGCGGUUUGGGAGGGCCAGCCAGCAGCGUAG